AUGGCAGCUGAACGGCAAGAUCAAAACGGCAACACCUUCUCACAACAAUACGCCACAAUAUCAAACUCCAAAACGGCAACUUCUCACAACAACGCCACAAUAUCAAACUCCACCGCAGCAAGUAAAUACAACGCCACAAUAUCAAACUCCACCGCAGCAAGUAAAUACAACGCCACAAUAUCAAACUCCACCGCAGCAAGUAAAUACAACGCCACAAUAUCAAACUCCACCACAGCAAGUAAAUCCCUACCCUCACCUACAUCGGUAUCCAACCCAAAUAAAGUUUUAACAGCAGACUUCCCUCCACUACCCGUUAAACUUGCAAAGUUAAAGAAACAUGUUAACAUUGUCGAAGGGCAGUUUAACGCAUUCACUCUUGAAACACCACAAAACCCUGAAGCAGCCAACGAGACCAUUGUCAUUGACGAGAAAUGCGAUACAGUCGACACUGAUGGCAAAACAAUUGACAUCGAACCAGCAUUUCCCUCACUCACCUCAUACCUUGAAGAUUUUAUGUCUGCCAGCGAGGAAACACAAAUACCGCAGGUAUAUACGACACCGGUUAAAGUAAUUCAUCGGGGUAAAGAUAUUACAGCAGCAAGGAAAAAAUUCGACGAAGAAGAACAAGAAACCGAAACGGAAAAAAAAGAGAGAAAAACCCCGGCACGAAAACGAAAGCGGGAAUGCGGUCGUCCCACAAACGACCAGCAACUUGUACGUAUGGAUGAGGAUUUUAACGACAUGGUUGCUUUACAAUUGACACGUCGGCAACUAACCCUACCCGAUACGCGUGGCAAAUGCAAAAAGUCAAGAAAAAUUCUAACCAAAAUACCCGAAGAUAUAAUUGUAAAUACAACCCGUGAAUUUCAAACCUACGAACUGUUUGCAGAUACACGUACAGAAGCACUGAAAAUCAUUCAAGACAAACGUGAACUUUUGGAAAAAAUUAACGCUGCAGAAUAUGUAUUACAUACAUUAUUAAAAAAACGAAAUAAUAGUGACUCUAGCUCAUGA